CUUAGUUAAAAACAUAUAUUAGGAAAGAAUUUUUUUUUUUGUUUAUCAAUAUUAUCCUAUGCUUCUUCAUUAAUUUCUCUUUUUCCUCUAGUUAUCAGAGUCCAUCAAUUUUCUCUAAUCGUUUUCUCCAUGGAGUUCGAGAACCCAAGAUUGUUUAUAGGAGGGAUUUCAGAAGAAGUUAAGGAAGAAACACUAAGACAACACUUUAGCAAGUAUGGGGAGGUGACACAGUCUCUUAAAAUUUCCAAGAAAGGAAUUGGGUUUGUUGCUUUUGCUGAUCCUUCGAUGGCUAAAACCGCCCUUCAAGAAGAAGAGCACAUUAUUCUCGGUAGAAAGGUGGACGUCAAACCAGCAAAACCAAGAGUGCAAACCAAAGAUACGAGGACUAAGAUUUUUGUGGGAGGUUUGCCUCCUACCAUAACACUGCCAGAAUUCAGAAACUAUUUCGAGAGUUAUGGGACAAUCACUGAUGCAGUGGUGAUAUACGACAAAAAGAGUCAUAGGUUUAGAGGGUUCGGAUUCGUUACUUUUGAUUCAGAGGAAGCCGCGGAGAAUGUUUUGCGCAAGAGUUUCCACGAAUUGAAUAAUAAGAUGGUGGAAGUGAAGAAAGCGGAACCAAGGGAUAAGAAGACAAGCAAUUCUGACCCUCACGAAAAUGGUUUAGUUCCACUUGGGCUUCCUUAUGGCAUUUAUAAUGUUAAUACUCAGCCUAAUUAUUUUCCUGCUGAAAGUUAUCUUUGUAUGUGGAAUUGGUCCCCACAUGGCGGACAACCUCCUUUCGGAAGCUUUCAUGUUGUUUAUUUUAACUUUAACUCCUGGACGCAAGUUGGACAAACAGGUAAAAGAGCUAAUUGUUUUCGUGUUUUUAGCUGUGAUUAUAUCUUUGGUUUCGUAACUUAA